AUGUGUGAUGCAGAUCCUAAUUUUGUUGACUUUACAAGUCUUAUUGGCGAUCAGGGUACAAGCAUGGAGAGAUAUUCAACUCGUCGAGACCAGAAUAUGCCCCUCAAGUACACGUCAGAAACGGCACCCACUACGAUGCUUGGCGAAUUUCGCGAGUUAGUUGUAUCUCCAGAAUAUGUGUACAAAGGUAGAGAGACUCGUCGAUAUGAAAUUGAAUUGCUAGACUUUUAUGCGUGCAAGGAGGCUCUGCAACUUAUUCCCUGCAAUGAGAUGUGUCUUUACAGGAAAGGCGAGACCCAUCUGCUUUUGCGUGAUCACAAAGAGGCAUCAUUUAGUUUCCAAGACGCGCUUUCUGUUAAUGCCAAACAUUUGAAGACAUUUCCAAAGUUGAAUUUGUGGCAAGAUGCGAUCCUAGAUGCUCUCCUGCGGGAAAGGAAGAUGUUCCAGGAAGCACUUAAGCAUCUGUAA